UGUAUCACGAUGUGGUUGGCAAUACGAAUGUUCACAAAGCAUGAUUCAAUUGGGCUUCUUUGGAAAGGUGUUGGAGAAACACUUUCUUCUCUUGAACCUGACGUUGUUAACGCCUGAAUCUCUGAAGAUGAAGCCUGUCGUCUUACUAAGACCCACUGUAUGCGUGUUAGCUGGGUUGCUGUGUCUUAUAUGCGUGCACGUCUAUUUUAUUCUGAAACUAUCAAAUAAGGAACUUCACACGAGGACAAUCCACCAUAUGACACUCCAUCAUCUGAUCAGCAACACUACACACCGAAGGCACUAUAACAGGUCUGUGUACCCCUCAUUUGGACAUAUGAAGUAUGUCUUAAAUAACCCGGAUGUGUGUCAUUCCAGUAAGGAGGUGACGGUUUUGUUCGUGGUACAUUCUGCCUGGAACCAGACCCGACAGAGACAAGUAAUGCGACAGACAUUUUUAAAUCAGACCUAUUUCCCACAGCACACAGUUAAGUCGGUGUUUUUGUUAGGUUUAAAUACUUAUAACCAAUCAAAUGAAAUAAUUGAGAAGGAAAACGCUGUACAUGGAGAUAUAAUUCAAGGAGAUUUUAUGGAUACCUAUCACAACCUGACCUAUAAAUUUUCUCUUGGUUUACAGUGGAUGGUUGGCUUCUGUCUUAAUGUUAAAUUUGUUAUCAAGAUUGAUGACGACACUGUAAUGGACACAUUCAGAUUCCUGGAAAGAUAUUUGCCAAAAUACCAGAACAAAAGACGUCACAUAAUUUGCAAUGUGUGGUCCAGGAAUACUAUGGGGAUCAUAAGAACGAGGAGAUUCGCUGUAAGCUGGGACAUUUUGAAGGGGUACAAGGUUUACCCCUGGAAGUACUGCAGUGGCUUUGUGGUCGUCCUGACCGGAGAUCUAAUCCCUCUUCUGUACAAGUCACUCUUCAUCUCUCCGAUGUUGUGGGUGGAUGAUGUCUACCUGUCCGGGCAACUCCCGUCACGGCUGGACAACGUCACCUACAUCGGCCUGCGACCACAGGAAAUGUAUUACAGCUAUAAUCGUCACUUUCGGAGGAAGACUAAAUGUCUAGGACUUCCGGGUUGUGAACUGUUGGUGUUUGAGGAUAAGUAUGGGUACGACGAUUAUUACUGGAAGAUAUUAUUGUAUAACCGAGGACUUUCCACGAUCCAAGUUUAAGGGGUAUGCACGUACGAUAGUUUUGGUAAGUUCAAUUAUGAAGUGAGUAAAGGUUCAGUUUUGUUAAGAUGAUUUUUCUUGUUUCUUAGUCUGCGUUUUUAGUGUGUAUGUGCGUGCGUGCUGGCUUGCGUGCGUGUGUGGCCGCGCGCGGGUUAGCCCGUAUGUU